AUGGUGCUGCCCACGACCCUCGCAGAGCUCAAGGAGUGGCUAUCCAUCGACAGCCAGGCAGUUCCGCUCCUGGUCCGUGGAGACGGGCGUCGCCAGGCCUUGGUGAACGAUGCAGACGUCCAGGCGGCGAUCUUGGUGACCGAGGAAACCGGCGAGACCCUGCAGGUCGAGGUUCGCAGCCUUCCGCCGUAUUCCGGUGUCCGAACCUUCCGCAUUCCGGCGCGGCCCAGAACUGCUGAGGCGAUUGGACCUCCUUGCCGUGUCGCUUCCAAGCUGAGAGGCCGCCAACCGCCAGAUGCGAAGGCAGCCGACUGCUCUGAGUACCCGAGCAGUACCCCAGGCUUGGGUGUCCUUGACCUGGCCGAGGACAAGGAGGCCUGUUUGGAGGAUCCGGGGCGGAUCAGCCAUUGCUGCAAGGACUCCACAAGCUUAAUGGAGGCCCUGGGACUGUCUGACCCCUAUGCAGCACUCUGCAGACGUGUUCAACGAUCGGCCGAUUUCGUCGAAGAAUCUUUGCAUCAACAUCGUCUCGAUGUUGCCCUCGAUCGAGGACGCAUUGUCAGGCCGCCUUCCUCGUCUGCGCACAGACGACCCAAGGUGCACAGCCGGGACUUAGCGAAGCUUCGAGGCCUCCUGGCGAAGCUGAGCCAGCUGCAGAGCUCGAUGGACGAUGUGCUGCUGCAGAGACAUGUGGUUGCAAGUUGGGAAAUUCCUGAUGCCCUGCCGCUGCUGGCACAGGAUGUACCUCGACGAGGGGGCUCGAAGCUUCGGCCGCGGCGGAAGUUCUGGUGCAGCUCCUGCAGCUCUUUGGGGCCCUUCGCGGACAUCACCUUCCGACUGUACCCAGCGGGCGAUGGAGAUGCAGCGAAGGGUGACUCUGUCAUCUACUUCUGGGCUGAGGUCGCUCCGCGGCUCAGCUUCGCUUUCACCGUGCAGGUGGGUGAGACCGAGAUGGCCCAGCAAACUUGGUACCAUGAGGUGGCCUGGGCUCGCGUGGAGUUCGGCUGGGAGCUCAUGGCCUCCGAGCUUACGAACGCGGAGCCAGCCUUUCUUUCUGACUGGUCGGUUCUUUGGUGGUUUUUCUUCUUGAUCAGCGCCACGGGCAACUUGCUCGUUGGUGUCUUCGGCUUGCUCAACCGUUGGUUUGAAAGGCCCACCCAGGAAGUUCAUCUUGAGGACUCGGGAGGAUCCGAAGACAGCAUGGCGCUGAUUAACAGGCGGGUCUUCGUCCAGUAUGAUGUUCCUGGUCCGGUUCUAUGGCAUGAAAGACUCAUCCUAGAUCACCUUCGGGGAGAGGAGUAUGUCAUUGUUACACCAGAUCACGAUGUGUACAUAGAAGAGCUGUCUCUCGGAAAUGAUGAUUUGCGUGCCAUUCGCAUUGGGGGGCCUGGAGGCGGCCGUCCGGUGGGAGUCAGAGCUACUCAAGUGUAUGGUCUCCCCGUCUUUACCGCAGCGGAGAUGGCAGGUUUCCAAGCCGAGGCCGCGCGAUUGAUAGCUGCUGAAGUAGGAGGCGGAGUGGGCAAUCCUGGGGUCGUUCUUGGAGCUCCAGGGGCGCCUGUCAUGCCCGGAAAUGCCCUCGUGUAUUUGGGAGCAGGGGCAGCUCAGGUGCAACCCAUAGGCGGAGUGGGCGCCGUGGCACCCGCUGCCGCAAAUGGGGGGGGAGUCGCUAUUGUGGCCUAUGAUCCUGACACGCUGUACUGGCUGGCAGCCGAGAGCGGUCCAAACAUCAGUUAUGGCGACGCCGUGGCAAAUGUGAUGGCAGUGGCCCGGGAGGGGGCCAAGGCCGUCCAUCAUCUGCCUUCAGGCGUUCAGAUCUUUGUGCAGUGUUGCUUUGGACGUGAUCGAAAGGAUUUCCUGCUGAAGCCCGGGGGCUGGGAUUCUCGAGUUUGUGGCCUGAGGUUUGAUAGCCUCGGGCGUCCCGAGGUACCGAUGAAAGAGGCAGCAAACCGAUCGCAGGAGAGUGCUGUUGGCUGGGUCCUCUCGGGCCCCCGGACAGCCAAGUGGUGCAUCAACUACCUCGUGGUUGAGGGGGCCUUGGGAUGGAAGGUUGAUCAAGUGAACGGUUGCAAUGUCCUUUUUCUUGAGAUGGUUUUUAGGCGCCUACAGACUAUCGAAUUUGCCUAUGCAGAGAAAGCACGAGAGAGCGAGUCAAAGGCUGUUGGCGGCAGGCUGUCACUUGAGGAACAGCAGGUGUUCGGUGGCCUCACGAGGCAGGCGGGCACGCUCAUGGUGUGUCCGGAUCUCCUGGACUUUGUGAAAUCCGAAACCGAGAAGGAGGCCAGCCUCUCCAAGAAUCUUCGGAAAGCUCGUGAGGAGCGCGAGCUUGCUUUUGGACCGAGCCUCGCCCCCACCUUAGGUCCAUUGCAUGCCGAGCGCCUGGUGACGCGGGACAUUCUCCCUCUGCCUUUCUUUGGUGGCCAAGACCUUCCGGAGCAUAAGCUGUCCCGGGGAUCACAACAGCGAUGGUCGCGAAGGGAACGCAUUUUGGACGAGUGCAAUUCCGCCAUUCGGGCUUUGAAUUUGAUGUACGACCCGGCCUCGAAAUCAGAUGCUGGGCCAAUUCAUUCCUUGCUUUCUUCUCGCAUCUCGGCGGCACAGGCUGAGGCGCUCUCUUGCAUACAAAAUGCAGUGAACCAACUGGGUCCACCCCCAGGUGAUGUAACAGUACCAGAAGCGCUACGGCAGCUUCGGUGUGAGGGCUAUGUCGAUGAUGUCCAGGCGACGGGUGCCCUCGCCUCCUACUUUCCCGAAGGGGUUUCCCUUCCUGAUCCAGGGUGGAAGCCGAUCUCUUUGGCCUCCUUUGGAGGCCCCGACGGGGGAAUAUCAGUUGGCGAUUACGUACAGCAACAGCUCCUGCCCGCAGCGACAGCAAGGGAGCGUGUCGAAUCAUGUGGAGUGCAGUUUCCUUACAGUGAUCCAAAACUUCGGGACCCCAAAAUAUACAGUGGGUUUCUUGAUCGGUUGGCCCAGUCGAAUCUGGUGGAUUUCAGUGGGUCCCCCGGCAUUGAGCAGAUCGCAAUCUUCUUCGUCACAAAGAAAAACAUGAAGUUGAGGAUGAUAGUCGAUGCCCGCCGAUCAAACCAACACUUUAAGGUCCCUGAUUACGUCCAUCUUUGCACAGGUGACGGAUUGUCCCGCAUCGAACUUCUUGAAGGGCCAGACCUUACAAUCUGCCAGGCCGAUUUGAAAGAUGCCUUUUACCAUCUCGAAUUGCCCCCUGAUCUUCGUGACUAUUUUGUUCUACCUCCUAUUGAUGGCCGGUACCUUGCAGGACGACCGCUGAUCGGAGGAGAGAUCGCUCGCGCUGGCCUCAAAGUAUAUCCUCGCCUUGCCGUUGUGCCCAUGGGUUGGAGCUGGGCCUUGUUCAUAUGCCAGCGUAUCCACGAGCACCUGAUUCAGGCUUCGGGGUUGCCAGAUGAAUUACGGCUUCGUGACGGUCGCGCUGCUCCAGGACCAGCCGUUAUGCACACUCAAUACGUCGACAACCUCGUUGUCCUGGGUCAGGACACCGGUGCCGUGAAGAGCAUGUUCCAGCACGCCGUCAGCCACUUGAAGCAGGCAGGGUUACAAGUGCACGAGGUCGAGGAGUGCGAAGAUGGAGCUUGUGUAUUGGGUUGGGAAUUUGAGAAAGGCGGCAUCUUUCGACCGUCGCGGCGAAGAGUGUGGAAGGCUCGGCUUGCGAUUCGGGCCAUUCUGUCAAGAAGACGGGCAACGGGAAAGCAGAUUGAACGUCUAGUUGGAUUGUGUACUUUCAUCUGCCUCGGGCGGCGAGAGAGUCUGGCCAUCUUUGGAUCGGUGUACCAGUUCAUCACGAAGUACCGGGAUGUGAAUCAUGAGAUGCCCUUGCCACGAUGUGUCAGGACAGAGCUGUGGAUGUGGGACGCCAUUUCUCCAUUGAUCUUUCGUGACCUAAAGGCUGGCUGGAGUGAUCGAGUCACCGCAGUUGACGCGAGCUUUUGGGGAAUGGGAGCCACGUCCACUACCAUGACCGAUGCGGAGGUUCGGGCCCUCGGGCGCCACAGCGAAAGGUGGCGGUUCUCCAUUGACGAGGCGGGGGGUGCACUGGUGGGUGCGCGAGCCGGCGUGUUCAAUCAGUUAGAUGCCUCUGAGCCUGACGAUGGUGAUCCGAUGAACUUUAAGGCCGUACCAUUCGCUGCAGUUGAUCGGGAUUGGGUGACGGUGUGCAGUCACAAAUGGCGGCGCAUACCAACCCUCCCGGUUGCCGAGGCUCGGGCCGUUCUCUUUGCUGUCAAGCAUGCCGAUCUAGUACAUUCCAGCUCAGACGAGUAUGUUCUCAAAUCGCAGCACUAUGUCUCUGUAGCAAUAGUCAAGUAUCCCUCCGGUGGGUGCCGUCAGAGUGGAACCCUGCAGAUAACCCCAGCCGCGGCACAUGGGCGCCGAGUGCACCUCAGCGAUCGCUUCAGCAUGAUUCAUCGUCACCUUCAGCUGGCAACCACUUCGAGUCAGCCUCUCACGUCCAAGUCCAAAAGAAAGGAGGACACAGCAAGGGUGAUGAUGGCUCCUGCGGCUGCAGUGUUGGGACCAAUCUUGGAGGCGCCAGUCGAGGAGAGCCGGGGCGCCAAACGUGUCAAGAGACAGAAGCUUCUCACUCAGAUAGGGGGGGACGACAAUGGCAGGACUGUGCUCGAAAAAGCUUCGGUGACAGAUGCAUGCCGAAAACGGUACGAAAACAUCUGGAGCGAGCUGGCUCCGCUGGUGACGACCACCCUCGGAUGCCUUCUCUCAGUGUCUCAGAUCGACAAUGUGCUGUGUCAACAGCUCGAGGAGCAGUUCCUGGAUGGGCUAAACGUGGCAAGCGGUCAAUACCUGGUGGCCGCUUUCCUGUACUUCAACCCGUCCUUGAAGUCCCCUUCGAUGCAGUGGCUGCCUCGGGUCAAGCAGGCGUUAGCAGGUUGGAAGCGCCUCGCGCCUCCGCAAGCGCGAAUGCCGAUUCCCUACGAGGUGGUUGUACUCAUGGCUUGCCACGCCUUCCUGAAGGGGCUCAAGGAAGUGGGCCUGUUUCUCCUGCUGGCCUUCGCACUCUAUCUUCGGCCCUCGGAAGGCCUUCGGAUUCGAAGCAAGGACGUGGUGGCACCAGUUCAACGUCGAGGAACCUCGAGCCGCUGGCAGUUCGUCCUCAAUCCGAUGGAAGGCCAGGUGCCCUCCAAGACGAAGGAGUUCGACGAGACGUUGGCCCUAGAUUUGGACUAUCAUGCACACCUCGGCCAAGCGAUACAUCGUUGUCUUCAUUUGAGUCGCAUGAACCCAGGGCAGUUUAUUUUCAGCAUCACUGCCAAGGAGCUGAACGACUUUCUGGCGUCAGCGCAGCAAGAACUGGAACUGCGACCUCUUGGGCCCCUACAUCUUUAUCGUCUUCGGCACGGGGGAGCCAGUCACGACUUCAACGGCAAAUUCAGGGACCUCACUGCGAUUCAGCAACGAGGCCGGUGGAAAUCCUUCAACAGCGUUCGUCGUUACCAAAAGGGCGGUCGUGUGGCCCAACUCUUCGGCAACGGCCUCUUUGCCGGCAACCCUCCGAAGCCUGCGCUAGCUUGCGCUUUACCGGACCCCAAAGUCUUCAUCGAAAUCUUCGCUGGGACUGGCCGGCUGGCAAAUGCGGUUGGACGCCACACCGGCUGGCCGACGCUACUGUGGGACAUCCAUCUUGGUCCUGAGUAUGACCUGUGUGUGCAGAGAAAUCAAAACAAGUUGAUGCAGUGGUUGCGAGGGCACAGAAUUAUAGCCGCACACCUCGGUACCCCGAGUCUGUCUUUUUCACGAGCCCGUGAUUGCAGGCCAGGGCCACCUCCGUUGCGAUCCAACUCGCACCCACUCGGGCUGCCAGACCUUUCGGAGGUGGAUCAACAAAAGAUUGAGGUUGGCAAUCGCCUCAUGCGGUUUACUGUGCGCUUCAUGCAUGCUUGCACUAUUCUGCACGUGCCCUGUUGUUUUGAGAACCCUGCCACUUCAAGGAUUUGGUUAUGCCCGCCUGUGCAACGGCUUCUUCGCCUACGUCAUGUUUGCUCGCAGCGCGUUGACUACUGCAUGUUCGGCACUCGUUGGAAGAAGCCAACCAUGUUUGUCGGGGCACACCUCAACUUGGAGCCUCUUCAGCCUUACCUUUGUCACAGCAGUCGUCGAGGACUCUGCUGCCGCUCUCAACGCGAGCACGUGCCCCUGGCAGGACAAAACAAUCGAGGACAGUGGCUUACUAAGGUCUCUGAGCCUUAUCCUCUGCCUCUUUGUCGUCUACUGGCCCGCUGUUUUUACAACUUUUAUCUCCAGCAACUUGGUUCAGAGUUUGGUCGGCAUGUGAUGCCAGAGAGCACGCUGUAA